GGGGGCUUUUUAGUGGGCCUCCUGGGAUAGCUUAUGGAGUGAGUAUGUCAUGGGGUCAGGAUGCACUUAUAUGCGGAGCAGUGUUUAAUGGAGGUGCUGAGGGGCAAACCUUUGUGCCAGGAAGCAGUAGCUGAACACGUUUGGAUACGGCAGCACUGAAGCAGAUGCAGAGACCGUCUCGACAUCCACAGUGCUGAGGUGUUCUUUUCUGUCAAGGAUGGACUUGCUGAUGAAGAGACACCAGCCUGGUGACAGCAGGACAUUCCCAGAGGGUGAGGAAGUGAAGCCGCAUAGCGGCAGUCAAGGUGAUGUGAGCAAGAGGAAAUGGGCUUGCGAUUACCAUUCAGAGGAACUUGUGAAAUGACACAGCUGUACUGUAAAAAACACCAUCCCACAAGCUUUGCUGCCAGAGGAACUCACCAGCCAGCACCGACGGACCUGAAAGCAGGAUUGCCCGAGCCAUGGAGCGAGAACCGAUGCGCAUAAGGGAGGGCUACUUGGUUAAGAAGGGCAGCAUGUUUAAUACCUGGAAGCCAAUGUGGGUUGUGCUCUUAGAAGAUGGAAUUGAAUUCUACAAGCGGAAGGCUGAUAACAGUCCCAAAGGGAUGAUCCCACUAAAAGGAAGCUCUGUUCACAGCCCAUGCCAAGAUUUUGGCAAAAGAAUGUUUGUCUUCAAGCUCACUGUGGCCAAGCAGCAGGACCACUUUUUUCAAGCUGCCUACCUGGAGGAGAGAGAUGCCUGGGUGCGGGAUAUCAAGAAAGCAAUUCAUCGCAUAGAUGGAGGCCAAAGGUUUUCCAGAAAAUCCACAAGAAAAUCCAUCAGGCUGCCUGAAACAAUCAAUCUGAGUGCUUUGUACCUGUCCAUGAAAGAUCCCGAAAAGGGAAUAAAGGAGUUGAAGCUGGAAAAAGAUAAAAGAGUGUUCAAUCACUGCUUUACAGGAACCUGCGUGAUUGACUGGCUGGUGUCCAGCAGCUCUGUCCGAAAUCGCAGGGAAGGUCUCCUGCUUGCCUCUUCCCUCUUGAGUGAAGGCUACCUACAGCCUGCUGGGGAUACAUCCAAGGCAGCUGCUGAGGGACUGUCAGACACCCCCUUCCUAGACCUCAGUGAUGCCUACUAUUACUUUCCAGACAGUGGAUUUUUCUGUGAGGGAUAUUCCAGUGAUGAUGACGUGGUCCUAAAAGAAGAAUUCAGAGGCACAAUCGUCAAACAAGGAUGUUUGCUGAAGCAGGGACAUCGGAGGAAGAACUGGAAAGUGAGAAAGUUCGUUUUAAGAGAUGAUCCUGCAUAUCUUCACUACUAUGAUCCUGCUGGAGGAGAAGAACCACUGGGAGCAAUACACUUGAGAGGCUGCGUGGUGACAGCGGUGGAAGAUAUGCCAGACACCAAGAAGCACGACGAUGACAACAUCCUCUUUGAAAUCAUCACAGCAAAUGAAAUCCACUAUUACUUGCAAGCAGCCUCAUCCACAGAGCGUACAGAGUGGAUCAAAGCAAUCCAGUCAGUUGCUAGGACUGGUAAAUGAUCUUGCAACAACAAGACAGACAAAUUAAGUUAGUUACUCAAAACAGAGUUUAGCAUUUCACCAAGAGAAAACAGUAUCAGCCCGAAGGGCUUGUGGGUUGGGGUUGAGGACUUGGGUGGAAGUUUCAAUUCUAUAGUGGGCACUAACAAACUAACAUUUUUCCACUUGUGUUAUGGUAAUAUUUUACUAAAUUAUAACAUAGAACACGCCAUAUUAGUGUGUGUUGCUUAGAGUAAUCAGUCUGCCUUGAGAAGGUUGUACCUCUUGCCACAGCUGAUAGUGGGAAUCUCACCAUUAACAGGGAGACAGAGCCAUGUCACUGACAGGGAGGACCUCAGUUAAUCACCCUCUUCAGCCUGUGAUGUGUUUCAGGAUUUUCAUGUAUUUCAGUCUUCUCCAGACAGUUUUUACACUUUCUUCUUUACCAGUUCUCUUUGCUGCUUGUUCACUUAUACAAAUAAUGUCAUAGAUAUAAGGAAAAGAAGUCAACUCACUAGCAAACCUUUAUAAUCUGUCAGCAUUAAGGGUGGGGAAAAUGCAGGCAACUAUGGAAACACCAAGUGGAACCAAGUAUAACUCCAUGACAGCAGUAUGAGGAAAAGUCUCUUCCCACAGUAUUUCAGACACAAAGCUAUCUCACUUCAAACUCCCUAUCACCCAAUUUUAAACCUUGUCAAAUUUCUCCACAAGAAUCUGCCCUGGGACCAUUGUUUCUCUUUAUUUAGAUCUACAAAGCAGAUGGCUGGGUUGUCAGGUACUGUACUCUAUUUGAAUUAAGACUCUUGCAGGAGAAGGGAAAGGAUGCAUGGGUUGGUUAUUUGAACUAUUGAUUGAAGUGGUUUUAAUUAGGUUUUCCUUUUUUAGCCUCCAGCAACGUAUUCAGUCCUUGAUUCUGUGCCUUAGUAAUAUAAGAGAAACCUUGUGCUUGUAACUGAAAUAAAUAUUUUUAUCUGAUAGGGUCAGUUCACCUGAUUAA